ACAAGCAAUGAAUGACUCACGGCAGCACAGCGGCGAGGUGACGACGACCAUCACCAUAUAUACCGAGGGAGCGAACCGGCACGGCGCAGAACACAAACCUGUCCCGUUCAAACAGAGCAGUAGCAGCGAGUGGCACGCUUUGGUUCGGCAUGGCCAUCCCGCUCCAGGUGAAGGCGGCGCGGCAGCAGCGGGAGGACGGGAAUGGCGGCGGCCAGGUGGACGCGGGCGUCGACGACCAGCCAUCGGCGGCGGCGGAGCUGCGUGCGCUGUGGGGCAUGGCGGCGCCGAUCACGGCGCUCAACUGCAUCGUGUACCUGCGGGCCAUGGUGUCCGUGCUCUGCCUCGGCCGCCUCGGCCCGCUCGACCUCGCGGGCGGCGCGCUCGCCAUCGGCCUCACCAACAUCACGGGCCACAGCGUGCUCUUCGGCCUCGCGUCCGGGAUCGAGCCGCUCUGCGCGCAGGCCUUCGGCUCCCGCAACUACGACCUGCUCACCCUCUCCCUGCAGCGCGCCAUGCUGCUGCUCCUCAUCGCCGCUGUUCCCAUCGCGCUGCUGUGGCUGAACGUCGGCCCCAUCCUCGUCGCGCUUGGGCAGGACCCCACCAUUUCCGCCUCCGCCGCCGCUUACGCUGCAUAUGCGCUCCCGGACCUCGCCGCCAGCGUCGUGCUCCAGCCGCUGCGGGUGUACCUCCGCUCGCAGGGCAUCACCAAGCCCAUGGCUGCCUGCUCCGCCGCAGCCGUUGCGCUGCACGUCCCGCUCAACGUGCUGCUCGUCUUCGGCCUCGGGUUCGGCGUGCGCGGCGUCGCGGUCGCGCAGGCGCUCACCAACACCAACAUGGCGCUGUUCCUGCUCGCGUACAUCCGCUGGGCGCGCGCAUGCGAGGACACGUGGAGGGGCUGGGCGCGCCCCGCCGCGGUGGCCAGCGGGCUGGCGGGGCUCGUCAGCCUUGCCGUCCCCAGCUGCCUCGGCGUCUGCCUCGAGUGGUGGUGGUACGAGGUGGUCACCGUGCUCGCCGGGUACCUGCCGAACCCCGCCGCCGCCGUCGGCGCCGCCGGUGUACUCAUCCAAACCACCAGCCUCAUGUACACCGUGCCCAUGGCGCUCGCCGCCUGCGUAUCCACCAGGGUGGGCAACGAGCUGGGCGCCGGCAAGCCUCGUCGGGCGAGGAUGGCGGCGAUGGUGGCGCUCGGGUGCGCGGUGGUGAUCGGCGUCAUCCACGUGGCGUGGACCGUGGCGUUCAGCCGGCAGUGGGUGCGGCUCUUCACGACGGAGGCGUCCGUGGUGCACCUGGCCUCCGCGGCGAUGCCCAUCAUCGGGCUGUGCGAGCUGGGCAACUGCCCGCAGACGACGGGUUGCGGCGUGCUGCGCGGCACGGCGCGCCCGGCCGUCGGAGCGCGCAUCAACCUGCUCUCGUUCUACCUGGUCGGCACCCCCGUGGCUCUGUACCUGGCGUUCGGGGCCCGGGCGGGGUUCCGCGGGCUCUGGUACGGCCUGCUCUCGGCGCAGGUCGCGUGCGUGGCGCUGGUGCUCGCCGCCGUGGUGUGGCGCACCGACUGGCACGUCGAGGCGCUGCGCGCCAAGAAGCUGGCGGGCCUCGAGCUCGCGACGGCCACCACCACCGAGGAGAGCAAGCGCCUCGUGGCUGUCAACGGCGAGCCGCCGGAGGACGUCUAGUGUAGUGAAAGCUGCCACGACUUGGUGAGGGGCCUGCCUGCACGUUCCAGCGAAUCGGUGGCUCAUCGUCAGAGUCCACGGUCGACGUUUUGCUAGCUUUGUGUCCGCGGCUCAUGCAGCAUGCAGGGGUGAGCUAGGGGCCUGGCUGCCAGAUAGUAUAGCUUCUACUAGAUCGUUUCGUUCUCGUAGCCAAUGCCGAGCACAUUGAUUAGCUAUGGUGGUGGUGGAUGUCGCAACUAGCACCCACAAGUCGCAUCUAGCAGCAUAGCAAGUGGUGACCAUUGAGGCGCUUGGUGCUUGGAAAAUGACGACCUAUCUAGGUAGCCAUGACCCAUCUAUCAGAAGAAUUCAGAACCUAUAAUAUGCAUGCAUUGCUACAUGGCCAGUCACUUGAGAUAUUACGCUUGGGAGGGACGAUGGUGACGCCCUCAAAAUUGGAGGAGGCUUUUGCAUGCAUUUCCCGAUCGAAUCGCCAUCGUCAUCACUUCAUUUGUACUGCACUAGCUAGGAGGAGAAGAGUCUGUACUGUAGUAGACUUAAUCUGGGGGCUGGGGCUGUGUUGCAGAGGCGAUCAGUGUCUCAAAUCGACGAUCCUGUUCUGUAAUAUUGGCUUUACUACGCAAAUGAAAGCAGCUGUCAUGUAAUAUUCCCCUUUUUGGGAGGACAA